CCAGGGACUACUGCACGCCCGACGCGUGACCCCGCCUCGGGCUCGUCAGGGCACCGCGCACUUUGCGAGGCGCCGGGCUUCGAACCGCGGGACGGAGCCCCCGGAUCUCUCUCGCACGGGAGGCGCGGGACGGGAACACGUCCGGAGACUUGCUUGGGAGAUCCGGCGAAGAUGGCGAGCGGAGGCGGUGGAUGGCAGGGGAUGGCGCGUAAUCCGCCCGUCGCGCUGAGCGCCCUGUACUUCCUCAACCUCCGCGGCGACGUUAUCUUGGAGCGCCAAUACCGCGACGACGUCGACCGCAACAUGGCCACCGCUUUCAAGACGGAGAUCAUCAACGGCAAGGACCGAGGCGGAAACCCGGUGGUGAACCUCGGCAUGUGCUCCUUCAUGUACACCAGGGAGGAGAACGUGUACGUGGUGGCGGUGACGCGCGCCAACGCCAACGCCAUGCUCGCCUUCACGUUCAUGCAUCAGCUCAUCUCGCUCUUCAAGUCGUACUUUAACAAGUUCAACGAGAAGGUGCUCAAGUCCAACUUUGUCAUUAUCUACGAGCUCCUCGACGAGGUCUGCGACCACGGCUACCCGCAGAUCACCUCCCCGGAGGUUCUGAAGUCUUUCAUCACUCAACGAGCGGAUCGCGCCGCGGAUGACCCAACCGCGACGUACGAAAACCAGCGCAAGGCGAAGGAGGUGUCGAUGCAAGUCACCGGAGCCGUGCAGUGGCGCUCGCCGAACCUGACGUACAAGAAGAACGAGGUGUACCUCGACAUCGUCGAGUCCGUGUCGCUGCUCAUGUCGCCGAAAGGGGUGGUGCUCAAGGCGUCCGCCACCGGGGUCAUCGAGAUGAAGACGCUCCUCUCGGGCAUGCCCGAGCUCACCAUCGGCCUGAACGAUAAGGUUGGCGAGGAGGCUCAGGCCAACGCGCAGGCGACGCACGGGGGUAACCACAAGAAGAGCAUCGACCUCGCCGAUCUGCAGUUCCAUCAGUGCGUCAACCUGUCGAAGUUCGCGAGCGAGAAGACGAUAUCGUUCGUGCCCCCCGACGGCAAGUUCGACCUGAUGAAGUACCGCGUCACCGAGGGCAUCUCCCUGCCGUUCAAGCUCAUGCCGCUGGUGAAGGAGCUGGGGCGGACUCGCAUCCAGGUUGACGUCAAGGUGCGGUCGUGCUUCAGCGAUAAGCAGUUCGCGACGAACGUGAAGAUUCGCAUACCCGUGCCCAAGUACACGAGCGGCGCGACGUGCAAGCUGACGGGCGGGACGGCCAAGUACAAGUCCGCGGAGGAGGCGCUGGUGUGGAAGAUCAAGAAGUUUCAGGGAAUGACGGAGCUGACGCUGAGCGCCGAGGUUGAGCUGGUGAGCACGACGACGGAGCGAAAACCGUGGCACAAGCCGCCGAUAUCGAUGGACUUUCACGUGCCGAUGUUCACGGCGAGCGGGCUGCGGGUGAGGUUCCUGAAGGUUUGGGAGAAGAGCGGGUACCAGAGCACGAAGUGGGUGCGGUACCUGUGCAACAGCGGGCGCGAUACCAAGACGGGAGUCUACGAAGUUCGGUGUCAGUAAAAACACUUAAAUCCGAGAUUACUCAAACUCG